GAAUUCUCCUCCUUCUCCAUCUCCCAUCGUGGUGGAGUCGACCUUGUUGUGUUUUGUGGUUUUUUUCCUCCUCGUCACUGCGUGGACCACAAGGAGACAUUUAUCUGGUUUCUUUUUUUUAUUAUUUGUUCUGGCCAAACAAACAUGUGCGUGAACGGCGCGUGCGGAGCGGAGAGCGGACAGAGUCGGAGGAACGGGACGGAUGAAGGACAGAGAGACGACAGGUGGAUCCGGACAGAGUCGGGCUCUCCGCGGGUCUCCUCGUGAGCUCAGCGUGGGGGACGUGAAUAUUUCAUGGACGCGUCCAGUUCCAAAGGUCUGAUGGGAAUUGAUUUCUCGUUGACCUGUGCAAAGAGCGUCCUGCAGACUCACGGCUGAACAGCACCAGAGGGGGAAAAACAGCACAACACCAGUCUCUCUCUGUCUCUCCUGGGACAUCAACAUUCACCAGCUAUGUCUCGGCGCUUCUCUCUGACCCUCAUCACCCUCUCCAUCCUCCUCCUCCUCCUCCUCUCCUGCUGCUGCGUCCCCGCUCUGGGCAAGAAGAAGCUCUACAUCGGAGCCCUGUUCCCAAUGAGCGGAGGCUGGCCCGGGGGACAAGCCUGCCUCCCCGCUGCCCAGAUGGCCCUCAGGCUGGUGAAUGAGCGGGCCGACAUCCUGCCGGGCUACGAGCUGGAGCUGAUACACUACGACAGUAGGUGUGAUCCAGGUGAAGCCACCAAGCUCCUCUAUGACCUUCUGUACACGGAGCCCAUUAAAAUCGUGCUGAUGCCCGGCUGCAGCUCUGUGUCCACGCUGGUGGCCGAGGCUGCUCGCAUGUGGAACCUGAUUGUGUUGUCGUACGGCUCCAGUUCCCCGGCGUUGUCCAACCGUCAGCGUUUUCCCACCUUCUUCCGCACUCAUCCGUCCGCCACGCUGCAUAACCCCACCCGUGUGCAGCUCUUCCAGAAGUGGAAAUGGACCAAGAUCGCCACCAUUCAGCAAACGACCGAAGUGUUCACCUCAACUCUGGAUGAUCUGGAGGAGAGGGUGAAGGAGGCAGGGAUAGAAAUCAGCGUUCGUCAGAGUUUCCUCACAGAUCCCGCUGUGGCUGUCAAGAAUCUCAAGCGCCAAGACGCCAGAAUUAUUGUUGGCCUCUUCUACGAGACAGAAGCCAGGAAGGUUUUUUGUGAGGUGUACAAGGAGAGGUUGUUUGGGAAGAAGUACGUGUGGUUCCUCAUUGGCUGGUACGCGGACAACUGGUUCAAGAUCAAGGACCCGUCCAUCAACUGCACCGUGGAGCAGAUGACGGAGGCCGUCGAGGGCCACGUGACCACGGAGAUCGUCAUGCUCAACCCGGAGACUGUGCGCGGCGCCUCCAACCUGACCUCUCAGGAGUUCCUGACCAAGCUCAUGUCUAAACUCGGCGGGAAAAACCCAGAAGAGACGGGCGGUUUCCAGGAGGCGCCUUUGGCCUACGACGCUGUAUGGGCUCUGGCGUUGGCCCUCAACAAGACCGUGGGGCCCCUGAGGGCCAAGGGCUACAGACUGGAAGACUUCAACUACAACAACCGGGACAUCACGGCAGAGAUCUACAAAGCGAUGAACACCAGCUCCUUUGAAGGAGUUUCGGGUCAUGUUGUAUUUGAUGCACAAGGUUCUCGAAUGGCCUGGACUCUCAUUGAACAGCUUCAAGGAGGAAGUUAUAAGAAGAUCGGGUACUACGACAGCACUAAAGGCAACCUGUCCUGGUAUGGGAAUGACCAGUGGAUAGGCUCUGGACCUCCUGCAGACCAGACGAUGGUCAUUGAGGAGUUCCGUUACCUGUCGCAGAAGCUCUUUGUGACUGUGUCUGUCUUUGCUGGACUGGGAAUUCUGCUGGGAAUCAUCUGUCUCACCUUCAACAUCUACAACAGCAAUGUCAGGUACAUUCAGAACUCUCAGCCGUACCUGAACAACAUGACUGCACUGGGCUGUAUGAUGGCUCUGGCUGCCAUCUUCCCUCUGGGCAUCGACGGUCUUCACGUCCACAGGAGACAGUUCCCCGUCGUCUGCCAGUUUCGCCUCUGGCUCCUCGGUCUGGGUUUCAGCCUCGCGUACGGCAGCAUGUUCACCAAAAUCUGGUGGGUCCACACUGUGUUUACCAAGAAGGACGAGAAGAAGGACAGGAGGAAGCAUCUGAAACCAUGGAAACUCUAUGCCACUGUCGGCGUUCUGCUCAGCAUCGACAUCCUGUCUCUCCUCAUCUGGCAGAUUGUGGAUCCCCUGCAUAUCACAGUCGAGAAAUUCACCAAAGAAGCGCCCAAAGGAGAUCUGGAUGUUUUGAUUCAGCCGUUACUGGAGCACUGCAGUUCCAUAAAGAUGAACACUUGGCUGGGUGUGGUCUAUGGUUAUAAAGGUCUACUGCUGCUGCUCGGCAUCUUCCUGGCCUAUGAGACAAAAUCCAUCUCCACAGAGAAGAUCAAUGACCACCGAGCUGUGGGCAUGGCCAUCUAUAAUGUUGCUGUGCUGUGCAUGAUCACAGCUCCCGUCACGAUGAUCCUGUCCUCGCAGCAGGACGCUUCCUUCGCCUUUGCCUCCCUGGCCAUCGUAUUCUCUGUGUACAUCACGCUGGUUGUUCUGUUUGUUCCGAAGAUGCGGCGUCUGAUCACACGAGGCGAGUGGCAGUCUGACGCCCAGGAGGCCAUGAAGACCGGCUCGUCCACCAACAACAACGAUGAGGAGAAGUCACGACAGUUAGAGAGGGAAAACAAGGAGCUGGAGAAGAUCAUCCAGGAGAAAGAAGAGCGCGUGUCAGAGCUGAGGAACCAGCUCUGCGAGCGACAGGCCACGCAUUCGCGGAGACGACCGUCCACCAUCACCAAUCAGCACCACAGCCCGCCACUCACCAUCCACCACAGUGACCACCCCAGGGCCCUGGCCCCUCCCCCGGGUUACUCGGCGCCUCUCGCCUCUGACCCGCACCCGGUCCCUUUGUCUACCUUCGCCAACUCGUCCAGCCUCUACCAGUCGGACGGCAAGAUCAGCCGGAAUAACUGCCACGCCAACCGGCUACAGCUGCUCUACAAGUGAGGUAAUGAGAGAGCAGAGCUGCGAUGGGAGGACAGUUGUGAGGAAAAGUGACUAAAACACUGCGUUGGAUGAUAAAUCAGUGUCAGGGGGGAGGAGUCUGCCAAUCAGAGGAGGCCAGAGGAACUUAUAUCUCCCUUUCUUUAUUUUUCUUUUCUCUCAAAGACGGAAAAAAAACAAAAAAAAAACUUUUUUUCAUUAUAAAAAUGUUUGCAUUUGUCAUUCGCCUGUGCUUUAUCAUGUGCCAUAAGGAAACAAGACAAUUUUUGCUCAGCCCUCUUCCCCCUUUUUAGCUGCAGCAAACCUGUAAAGUUCUCCGUCGUAACACUGAGCAUUAGUGAGUUAGUGCGAGUGUCAUAUAUGAAGUUACAGGUGGUAAAAAUGAGAAAUCAGCCCCUACUUUGUUGUAGUUGUGUCCGAAGACCGAAACAAUGAUUCUUUAACACUAUAUUACUUCUGUAUAUACUGUAGUGAGCGAAUAAGUCAAACAUUACUUUACCUUUUGCAGUUUAGUUUACAUUAUUGGUAUAUCGUAGUUUUCAGGGGCCGUUCACAUGCAGUUUUCCUAAAAUACUUCUGUUCUUGUUGUUGUUGUUGCUAAGCGACGGAAACCUGGGAGCUGCCGAGAUCAGUACAUUUGCAUUAAUGAACACAUUAGACUAUGUUUUAAAAUAAAACAGCAUGUAUUGACA